AUUUUACGAAUAUCGUGAUCGACCACCAUAGAUACGAGGUUUUUGAUUUGGGGCAGCUAUCGCAGUCAGUGGAAGAGCAUAUUGCUUCUUUGAAGACUUACACAUCUGCUAUCACUAGUGAGAAGAUUCCUAAAUUGGUUGGUGAAUGGGCUGCUGCCAUCACAGAUUGUGCUUUUUGGCUCAAUGGUGUUGGUAGAGGAGCGAGAUAUAAUGGAACAUACCAAAGUUCUACAAACCUGGGUGAUUGUUCCUACGCGAACGAUUUUUCAGAAUGGACAGGAAAGAGAAAGACUGAGGUGAGAAAGCUGGUCGAGGCUCAACUAGACCUUUUCAACCAAACUAGUGGUUUUAUUUUUUGGUGCUACAAAACGGAAGAUGCGAUUGAAUGGGAUCUGGAGAAACUGGUUGAGUACGAUUUAUUUCCUCAACCCCUGACACACAGAAAAUAUGCUUCCGUUUUAUCGAGCGAUUCGAUAAUGACAGUGAGUUAUACCCCGAAACUGAUACCCCAAAUUGAAAUUAUUGUACUUUUACUAACCACCGUCGCAUUAGGAGUGGAACUGAUGAUUUUAUAA